AUGCUGCCUUUGCUCCGUGCUCGGAUCUUUUACGUUGCCAAGAAACUCUUGCAUCUGCAGGAGAACUUGCUCCUCAACGAAAGAGGCUGCAUCAAGCUAACAGACAUGGGCCUCGCGAAGAUUUGUGUUGGCAAGACAUACACCGCCUGCGGCACGCCGGACUACUUUGCACCAGAGCUGAUCGCAUCUACUGGUCACACGAAUGCAGUGGACUGGUGGACGCUAGGCAUCUUUCUCUUCGAGCUCCUCAGUGGCCACCCGCCUUUCGAGUCUUCCUACCCAAUGCAGACUUACCAGAAAAUCAUGCGCGGCAUCGCGAAGGUGGCGUUUCCGCCCAAGUGCAAAGGCUCAGCCGAGGAUUUGGUGAAGAGCCUCUGCAAGCACGAGCCUUCGGAGAGGCUUCCCAUGAAGAAGGGUGGCAGCCGGAACAUCAAGUCGCACCCUUUCUACAAGGGUUUCGAUUGGACAGCGUUCGAGACGCUCAAGCGACAACAGGGCUCGAGCUUUUUCGUCCUCUCCGCCAUGACCCGCAAGAAGUCCGGCGCCGGGCUGGGCAAUUCUUUGGCUAAUGACCGCCGAAAACGUGCGGAACAGGGUUACAAGGCCAGCGGUGUCGCGGAGGACAAGGCGCAUAGGUCGGUGCUCGAGCAAACCUCGCUGGAUGAUUUUAUCGCCAAAGCAGAGAACCUCGCAAGCAAUGGAAGCCCUGUGUGUGGCCACUGUCCAUUCCGUGAUGCUCCACCCUUCGGACUGAGGCUUGCGAAGGCCGACUUCCACGCCAUGAGUCAAGCUGUCGAGUGCACGACAGAGAUCAUCUACCGAGCAGCUUUGGAUCCGGCAGCCACCCGCGAGAGGGAGGCUGAGGCCAAGAAGGUGGACGUGCCCAUCCCGUGGCGCCCGGCCUGGAAAGAGGCUUCUUCUGCAGAAGAGCUCGCCUCGGCCGAGGGCCAAGCCUUCCUCGAAUGGAGGCGAGGGCUUGCGAAGCUCGAAGAAGAGGAUGGGUUGGUAUUGACGCCUUACGAGCGAAAUCUGGACUUCUGGCGCCAGCUUUGGCGUUGCGUCGAGCGCAGUGACGUCCUCGUGCAGAUCCUGGACGCACGGGAUCCUGAAUUUUACAGAUGCCGGGAUCUGGAGCGCUACAUCGAGCAGUUUCCGAACAAACGCCACCUCCUCCUGCUCAACAAGGCCGACUUCUUGAACGCAGAACAGCGCGAACAGUGGACAGCUUAUUGGAAAGAGAGGAGUGUGGAGACCAUCUUCUUCUCUGCCCUGCGGGAGCUCCAGAGGCAGCAGGCCUCUGCAUCCUCGAAUCGCCUGUCGGAGAAGGCGCAUGAGGUCGAGGAGGAGGACACCAGCGACCUCGCUGACAGCGAUGCAGAGGAGGAACUGGGGCAUUUGGACGAUGCGCAAAGUUCCGCGAGCUCCCGACGUCUUCCGCCGCACGGUCCUCUUGCAGAGCACCGGAUGAGUGGCGUUGCGGACUGCAGCCGGUUGUUGGACGAGCUGCAAGCCCGGAUGCCUCCUGGGAGCAGCUCCAGGAGAGGCAUUGUAGGCUUCGUGGGCUACCCCAAUGUUGGGAAAAGCUCGGUGAUCAAUGCUCUUUUCGGGGCGAAGAAAGUGUCGAUGAGCCGUACUCCCGGCAAGACGAAGCACCUGCAAACUCUGGAGCUCAGUGAUUCUAAUAUAACUCUCUGUGACUGCCCGGGCCUGGUUUUUCCAUCGGUGGUAGCCACCAGGGCACAUCUGGUUAUCAACGGAACCGUCCCCCUCGAUGAGCUCCGGGAUUUCAUCGAUCCCAUUCGGCUUAUCGUCGGCAAGAUCGGCCCUGAACCGAUCCUGAAGAGGUACGGUGUCAGUGCCUCGGAGGUCCGGGACGGUGCCAUCCGCCGCGGCGUCGGAGAGACCUCGGACGAGAUGGCGCAUCAGGUUCUGUGUGGCCUGGCGACGCACCGGCACCACUUCCUAAGAGUGGGUGUGCCAGAUGAGACCUGGGCUGCCCGGCGAGUGCUCCGCGAUUUUUGCACUGGGCAGCUGCUGCACUGCGAGUUUCCACCGGGCUGCGAGUCCAGCAGUGUUGGUCCGCAGAGUCACAUGCUCGAGGAAGAGGACUCCGAGUCAGACUUCAGUGAUCUCGACGCAUUCCUGGAGGCCGGCAAGGAGCGGAAGAUGACCAAGCGCAAGAUCCGCCAUCUGCAAAAGCAGAUGGCGAAAGGUGGCAGCAUCGCUCCCCAGGCCCUGGAGAGAAAGAAGGCUCAAUACGCUGGCAAGAACAUUCGUGGAAAGACGGUUUUGGGAUGA